UCGGUCAACUCGAGCCAGUAGUACGAGUUUCUCUGCCGACGCGUCUGUAGACGACACGUCCGCCCGACCCGACGACCGCCGCUACGAUUUCACAGACGUACCGUUUGGUCCGGUACAUUAUUAUUACUAUUAUUGUUUUUUAUUAUUACAAUUUUUUGAUUUUGAUAUUAUUUUUUUCGGACAAACAUUAUUACUGUGUAAAUUUUCUCGUUGCGUCCGUCAUUUUAAUUUAUUUUUUUAGUGCGAUUUUUUUUAUUCUUUUAUAUAUUUUUUUUUUUACUGCCGAUUUUUAACACGUCACUCGCACUGCAUUUUAUCUGUUCGUCAAAAGUGUAAACCAUCUAUCAUUAUGACACUGUUGCAAUGGUGGACGAGUCGCCGACCCGCUCUUUACGCACCGUACCGGCGCGGCUGACAGUGAUGCGAGCGGAUCGCACAUUCGCGGACAUAACGGUUGAUUUUCAUUCCUGAUAUACAACUUUUUUUUUUGUGCGUUUUUUUCUCGUCUCCGCCGCGGAAAACUUAUUUGUGUCGCCGCCGCGACCCUGCCCGUGAUAUAGCAAUUACCACGUCGAUAUGCCGAAGAUUUUCCUCAUCAAAAACCGGUUGCACCAGCAGCAACAGAAACUGCUGGAAAACCAAAAAGGAAACGCGCACGUAUCCUCCGACCCGUUGGUGCAGUCGCUGCAAAACUAUCACAGCGACAACCAUCACCACGGCAGGUUACCGUCACCUCCGCCGUCGUUCUUAAAGCCCCAUUAUCAGCACCAUCACCAGCCUACGCCGCCGCCGCCGCCGCCCGCGCCCAUAAGGCAGCAUCUGCCACCGCCGCCGCCGACAUCGCCACCGACACCGUCGUCACCAAAGCCACAACCGCAGUCCAAAGUCGACCAGGAGACACCGGUGCCAAAAGCGUCGCAAGAGAAAAGUGUCCCCAAAAAAGAUUCACUGCAGGAUGAAGAUGAAAAGGUCGACCGAGUUGAUUGUUUUGAACGAGAAUCGCGAAAUAGAACUGAAUCUCCAAAACACCGAGUUAGUCCGACAGUGCCUAUUGAGCCUACUACGCCGAUCGUAUGUCCACCGUCACCCGAUUGGAACCCACCGCCAAAACGGCGAUUCAUAUCCACGUCGGAUGGAGAUAAUAUACCAUACGGUAGUAAAGAUAGUUUGCAGGUAACGCACCGUCAAUGCGAACCACCAACUAUCAAAGUCGAAGAGGAAGCUGUGCCUAGCCCGGAGGCUGAACCGAAAUUGCCACCACCACCGCCGCCGCCAGCACCAAAAUGUCAUCAGGUGUCCGUCAUACAAAGAACACCGGCAGCCGUAAAAUCACCUCCCGUCUGCCCGAAAAGACCGUUAACACAAUCUCAGAGUACUGUUCAAGAACCAGAACAAGAUGCACCGAUCGAUUAUCAUGUGCCCAAAAAGGAAGCAGAUUUGGACUUGGACAUUGUUCGAGCCAUCAAGAACAAAUUUACAAUUACAUUACGAGGACAGUUAGUUUCGGCACCCAAUGGUAUCAUUACUGCUGCUGCCGGCCGUGGAAGGAGCAGUGGUGGUCAACAAGGGGGUGGCGGCGGGGGAGGUACAAACAGUGGUGGUACCAACUCUGGUUCAAACCGUGGUUCGUCAUUGCAUUCGUACACACUCGGCGGUGGUGGAGGUGGUGGUCCCACCGGCCUCUUGGGUAGUGGCGGUGGCGGAGGUGGCAUGGCCCCAGGCGGUGGAGGCAUGAAUCCUGGCGGCAACGGCAAACAUUUCGGAGGGCCAAACAGUCCUGUGUCGCUGCCGCCCUUCCAUGAGAGCCUCAUAAAGUCUGGUGGUAAUUGCUACUCUGCUCAGUACAACAAUCAAUAUCAUUUGAUGAUGAACGAACAAUUGUGUUUCAAUAACAACGACACGGGUCAAAAUCCUGUGGCUGGUGGUGGUGGUCCUUUCUCAAUUGGCCUGGAAGGUCCACCGAAACAAUAUUCUAUGUUACAAAAUGCCUCUUCGCUUGGCAUAGAUAUUAAAGAGGACGAUUGCGAAGAUCUAUCAAGCUACGUAAAAGAAACUAACGGUUUCGACACAUUGAUGGCUGAUUCUGAAAAUGGUACAUCCAACGAUCCUUUGCAAUUCACUGCUACUCUUACAUUUGCUGGUCCCACCGAUCCUGACUUCCUGGACAGCCUUAAUGACGCUGCCGAAUUGUUCUUCAAAGAGCCUCAAGAGUGCAUUCCUCCUUCACUCGUCGAGCAGCCUCUACAUAUGUUCAAUGAACAUAGGAACGGAUUUUCUGAAUCACAAUCGGAGAAACGUAAUUAUCUACAGCAGGUGAACAAUAACAAUAAUGGGCAACCAGUACCAUGCAGAAAUAACUACGGAAGUUAUGAUAUAUCAAAGGAUAGAUUAUCACAAAGCAGUUUUGAAGACUCCAACCAACAACUUCAACAGUUACAAAUACAAGUGCAAUUACAACAACCACAAAACGUGGACGCUUGUGGACAGAUGAUGUUGUCACCGGGUUUAUCGUCACUAGAAAUGGACUCAAAUACCAGCAUGUCGGCUCCGUCACCUGCUAGUGUUAGUAUGGAUGGUACAAUGUCAUCACUUACGCCACCGCCUCAAAAUGGCAAAGAUUCCAGUAACUCCGCUUUGGAUGUCAGAGUACUGCAACAUAGGGUGAGAAAGACCACCCCACCCGUAGGGAAACCAAAAUAUACUUCUUUCACCAGUAAAUCGAUGGCAAAACUCGGCCUUCCAAAUGACUUGCCAUUCGAGUUCGUUAACGGUGGCCAUGGCAUUAAGAACCCAUUAGCUAAUCACGACACUCUACCACCGCCGCCACCAUCAAUGCUAAUUAGAACACCAGAGCCAGAGAGGAACAAUACUUCAGUAGCUCCGGCGACUAUUGUAUCAGUAAAUACUACUCCCGAACCAGUCGAAACAACAAAAAACGGUUCAAAGUUCUGUUGUAACCUGUGUUCCAAGACUUUCAACCUACAACGUUUGUUAAACAGACACAUGAAAUGUCACAGUGACGUUAAACGAUACCUAUGUACGUUCUGCGGAAAGGGUUUCAACGACACGUUCGACUUGAAACGACACACUAGAACACAUACAGGUGUCCGGCCUUACAAGUGCAAUCUGUGUGAGAAAUCGUUUACCCAACGUUGUUCACUCGAAUCUCACUGUUUGAAAGUUCACGGAGUACAUCAUCAGUAUGCUUACAAAGAAAGAAGAACAAAGAUGUACGUUUGCGAAGAAUGCGGACACACCACCAACGAACCCGAAGUUCACUACAUUCAUCUCAAAGAAAAACAUCCAUACAGCCCGGCGCUGCUCAAGUUCUAUGACAAGAGACACUUCAAGUUCACAAACUCAAACUUUGCCAACAUGUUGCUUCAAGUACGCACCUAAUAUUGGGCUGAUUGCAAUCAUAUUGCUAGACUGACCAAAAUGUUAAUCUAUUUUAACAAAUAUUUUUAAUUACUUACACUACGUAGAACUUAAUUUUUUUAAUAACAAUUUAUGCUGUAUCAUUGUCAUUUGACUUAAAAAAAAAAAAAAAAAAAAAAAUAAGAAAAUAAUUUAAAGUUAGAAAAUACGACAAAAUAUCACCGCUUAAAUAUCUCUUACCAUUUUGUCACGUCUCAAUGGCAAAAUCAUUUUAUUUUAUAAUUUAAAACCCAUUUUACCGAUCUAUUUUUUUUGUAUUUUAAGUAACGAAGCAAUCCUUUAUUGAUUGGCCGAUCAAUAUGUAUGAUUUUUAGCUCUAAAAUUUUCGAAAAUCCGCACCAACUUUAUGUUAAGAUCUGUACUUUUUUCGAUUUUUAGCGCUGCUUGAUGGAUAUGGGGUUUUUUGAUAAGCCUAUAACAAUUUAUUGCAGGUAUUUAAUUUAAAAUACAAAUUGAUUAAUAAUAACAAUACUAGAAGUACUUUUGUACAACUAUUCUGUUAUUAUUAAACAAUUUUACGUAUUUUAUAAAGAUUACAAUUCCGUAAUAAAUUAUAUUUUUAAAGAUAAAAUUAUUAUCGUUCAAUUAAAUUUUUUUAAUUAAAAGCAUAAAUGCAUGAAAACUCAUUUGUUAUCUAAAACACCAAAUCCAUAAGUAUGUUAUAAUCGAUGUAGAGAACAAAGAUACUUGUUAGUCCUGAUUUUCAGAAAACACUAUCAUAACUUUAAUAUUUAAUAUUUUCUCGUUUAAAAAAAAAUAUUGAACUUAAGAUUAGCCAGAUAAAAAUUGUCGUGUGAAUUAUAUUGAUCGGUAUAAACGCGAUUUUUUUGAUUAUGUUCGAAUAAAAAAUUAUUUCUGUAGAAAGAAAUUGAGCAUCCAAUACUUAAUUUUUCAGUCGUAAACGUUAGAAAGUUAAAUUGUAUUUUAAAAUGUUUUCUUAAUUUUAAUCCGUAAUAAUUUACAUAAAGAAUAAAUUAAUUACAAAAAAUAAUUUUAAAUUAAUUUUAGAGGUUUUUAAGCGAAUUCUGUCAAUAUUAAUUAUUAAUUAAUGGUCAUUGAAGUCACUUUGCUUUAACAAUUGUAUGCUUUGCGAUAUUUUUAAGCAAUGUUAAACGUAGAUAGUUGUGCAAUUCUCGGAAAAAUUACUAACCAAUUAUUCAAUAUUUCAUAAAAAUGUAUUCUAUAAGUGCAUGGGUGGAUAUUUGAUUACAUCAUGGAUGGCUUGAAAUUUAUAAUUAACAUGGAACUACGAAGAAGCUUCAAUUCUUUGGACUUUAUAAAUGGUUUCAAUCGAUUCUAGGGGGCUUAGACCCACUCCCCAGUUAAGUCCUUCCUAAUAUCCACCUACAUGAGGUGAUGGUAAUUUAGUGAAUUAAAAUUAUGUACUUAAUACUGCAGUCGAAGUAUAAGCUUACGAAUCCAAUUCGUAUAAUUGUGACCGAUUUAUUGCUAAGGUUUUAUAGAUUAAAUAGUUUUUUCGUUCAAAAUAAGAUAAAAACGAUUUCAGCAUUAUUAAGAAGUAUGCUUAUCAUUCAGUAUUGUCCUAAACGAUACUGUCUAUAAUAUUACAAUGCAUUUUUCACUUUUUCUCAAAAAAAAUAUACAAUUUUUUACAUUUUUAAUUUGUGGAUUCAAGACGAACUAUUUAUUAUGUUCAUAAUACAAUAGUUGACGCUUAUUAGACUCACAGUUAAUUGACUCAAUUGCCUAUUGGACUUAACAGGCUGGUCCCGAUUUACAUGUAUUCUUAGUCAUAAAAAAAUAUUUUCUAAUAUUAUUAUAAUAAUACAAUGGUCAAUCAUCAACAUUCACAACUAAAAUUAUUCUACUAUUGAAAUUGUUUCCUAAAAAUCCUCCAAGCUAACGCUAUGUGUUCUGUCGUUGGUUGACAAUCAUCUAUGGCAGUUCUUGAUCAUCGGUGUCAAUGCUGUCGCCGCCGUAUAUACAGAGAAUCAUAAAUCGCAUUGGAGGCCGUUUAGUAGUAGGAAUGCACCGAUUCUUCGAGUUUUGGUCGGCAGAGUGGUUCAAUCUUUAACCAAAUAGUUUUUCCUUGUGGCCUCAUUGGAAAUAUUAACGUACUUAUCUAAUUACAGAUCACAUAAUACUCGUAUUCUUGCAUUUGAAAAAGAUAAUUGUAACUAAACUAAUUUUCACUUAUUUCCUCUGGCAAAAUAAAAUGUUCUAAAAAGCCCAAAAUAUUGGUAAAAAUUUUAAAUCGAUUGAAACAUUCAAUAUUUAUUAAUUGAUUGCACUCGAUAAUUUAAGUUCUAAAUAAAUCAUUAAGUACAAACAAUUACAUAUUAUAGUCUGAAUACAUUUUACGCGUUCCACUUAUAUAUUUAUUCGUUGUCAAUAUUAUUAUGUACCUAGCUUGACGGUUCAAUCCACGAGACCGUGGUUACAACUUAUAAGUUUGUGAUACUUUGAGCUUUCGGGCGUUAAACAAAUAAAUGAAUAUUCGUCAAUUUCCAUAAGAGUGCUUGGGAGAAAAAGUUCACGUUAUAAAAAAAUUUGAAAUGGUCAUAUAUUUAUAUAUAUAUGAUUUUAAGAACUAAAUAAGCACCUACAUAAUAGUCGGGACAGUCAGUGAAGUAGUGCAUUGUUUAAACUAGUAAAUUAGGCGAUACAAAUGUCGCCCAUCAGUGGAAAUAUUUUGUCACCUAGUUGUCUUUAUUUUUAAAGACUGUGCGAGCAUGAAAUAAUUCUAAAACACUAUUAUUUUGACUAUUUAUUUUGAGAAUCAUCAUUUUUUUUUUUAUCACCCAGUAAAAAUUCCUUAAAAAUGCACUGCGUAGAAGUCAUAUUAUUCGGUAUAAUAGUUUACAGUAGUUGUGACAUUCGUUUCACCAGUGAUUAUUAUAACUUAUUAUUACCUAUUCAAAGAGAUUCAUUUUAUUUGUUCAUACAGCAUUUCAAAGAGAUAGAUAUAAUUAUGGAUAGAGAUAUUAGUAUCGGCGAUAUUUUGAUUUAAAAAAAAAACGUGAUGGAACUAUUAGGUACCACCUACGUGCAGUCCUUUUAAAUAUUUAUUGGAAGUGUGUUGAAAGUUUUUGAAUGAGAGUUUAUGUACGUCAGGCUCGAGUGCUCGACACGUCGUUCAGUCGUUGAUAUUGUUGUUUUCUAAAAGAAAUGUUGAUAUUAUAUUGUAUAAUAUUGUGUUGUUUGGAUUUUGUAAAUAAUCAUUACUAUAAUGUUAAAUGUAGAUUUAAUUUUAGAUUUAAGUAAUAUUUAUUUGACACACUCACACAUGCGCACUCACAUAUUUAUAAAUAACAUACACGUGUAUGUAUAUUAUGCUUAGUUUAUAAUGUAAAUUUUAAGUAAUAAUUUUUAGGUACAAAGGUGAAACGGAUCAAUAUUGUGAUUUGUAUUAUUAUUAAUUAACAGUAAUUAUGAUUGUUCAUCAAAGGUACCUAGCUGUGCCUACAUUUACGUAAUCAUCAUAAUUAUUUUACUACAACGGGCGAUUUAGGCAAUUGUUAUUUUUUUAAAUAUUUUUUAUAUACUUUUAUAAUCAACGAUAGUUGUCAUUCAGUAUUAGACCUAACCGAACAUCAGUGUUUUGAAAUUUUCGUUACUUGAAAUGAUUUUAUUUUUAAAAACUUUACCGCAAAGUACCUAGUCGGUAUUCAGUAUUUCGGAAGGUCAACUCUGUAUUACGGUUAAUGCACAUAGUUUAUAUAAUUUUUGAGAUUUCUGCAUAAAUUUCCUCUAAAACAAUUAUCGAACAGAUUUAUACCUGUACAUAUUGUAACGAGUGCCGUCUAUCAACAUCGUACAUUACUCCUUAAGUAUAGGGCACUUGUUGCUAAUAUGCUGAGUAUGAGGAAUAGUAAUACUCGUUACAAUAUUUAAUUUUUUUAUCUUCUGAUGGCAGAAUUCCUAUAGUUGCACAGAUUUCAUUAAAAACGAAAAGAAACCUGUAUAUAUAUAUAUA